CUGUAGAAUACAUCUUACACACUUCUCGUAAUACUACACAUCUACACAUUUAUACUACGACACACUACAGGAUGAAAUACGACGAACGCACCGCCUCUCUGCUCGACGCGCAGGACAAGGCCGAGAAACUCUUCGCCGAGAUCGAAGCCACCCUGCUCCGAGCAGGGGUUAGCGAGAAAACGCUCAGCGACGAGAUCCACGCCCUCGGCACGCAGCGGUACAACGUCCGCACACACUGGCACAAGCGCGUCGUGCGCAGCGGGCCCAACACACUCCUUCCCUUUGCCGAGAACCCGCCGGACCGGAUCCUCUCCGCCGACGAGAUCGUCUACGUCGAUCUCGGCCCCGUCUUUGAAGACUGGGAGGCUGAUUUCGGCCGCACGUACGUGCUCGGCUGUGAUGAGGCGAAACACCGGCUCCGCGACGCCCUCGAGCCCACCUGGCGCGCUGUUCGGGAUGAGUACCUCCUUAACCCGGCGAUGACGGGUGAACAGCUGUACGAAAUCGCUUGUCGGCAUGCUGUGGAUGCCGGCUUUGAGUUCGGCGCCUAUCUCGCCGGACAUAUCGUUGGUUCGUUCCCUCAUGAGCGUAUCCCGCGUGACAAGACGACCCUGUAUAUCACUCGCGGCAACGAUCUGCCCAUGGACACGGUGGACAAGAAUGGCGAGCGGCGCCACUGGAUUCUGGAGAUCCAUCUGCAUGACAAGGAGAGGCAGAUGGGCGCGUUUUUCGAGCAGUUGCUGGUGUAGAGAAGACCUUGCGGGGGGGGAUAAUGUCAUCGUUGGGUAUAAGGGGGUUGGAACUGCUGUAACGCUCCGGCAGGGGAAUAUAAUCGGUUUGAUAUCGAACUAUUGCCCUGGCUGCUUCUGUUGGUCUUUCGGAUUUAUCGCGGUCUGUAGUAUACGGAGACAGGUCUUUUUCCGUUGUUCCGAUAUCCUUUCUCCAUGGGCAAUGAUGCUGUCGACAUGGGACUUCUUUCACGGUCGCAAAAAGUGACUGUAGUAGGCUUUGAGCCGACCUUGACGGGGUACGCACCUGUCUAUUUGUCUUUCGCGUAGUAAAUGGCUCGGCUUGGGCCUUAACACGUACUGGUGCUUGAUGGCCGUUUCGCAUGGUAUACCAGG